AGCCGAAUAAAUUUGUUUUUGGGAAAUGGUCAAUUCUCAGGUUGAGAAAGACACCGUUUCUGACGUUCUCGACCGCCACGCCGACAGCGGAGGUCACACUCAUUUCAAAAUGUGGUCCAUUUCAUUCCGACGCAUGAUUCUCGACGCCGUACGUUGCGGCGGCAGUGCGCGAUACAAGCAUUCAGAUGCCGGCCCCGAUUCCAGGACGGAGUGGAAGCUCAACAGCCGCCAUCAGAGUCAAAGAUCCGAAUACGGAUCAAAAGUUUCUGGAUCCGACAAGCUCUCAGACCUACUCCGGCUGUCGGAGAACUCAGAUGAAGAUGAGGCGGAGUGGGUGCGUAGAAAGGAAGACGCCCUGGAACGGCUUAAAUUUGUGACGAAACUGUUGCAGAGCAGCCAAACUGACGGCGUAUUGCAGGGAGCCAAGGAAGUGAGGAUUCUGACAAGGGAUGAUCCGGAGGCCCGGACAACACUCGCUAUGUUAGGCGCCAUUCCGCCGUUGAUAGCGCUUCUCGACUCGGACGACUCGUCUUCACUCAUUGCCGCCCUCUAUGCUUUGCUCAAUUUGGCGAUUGGCAAUGACUCAAACAAAGCUGCGAUCGUGAAAGCUGGAGCUGUUCAUAAGAUGCUAAAUUGUAUUGAAUCUUCAAAUUGUUUUGCAGAGCCAGCAGUUAUUGAAGCGAUUGUUGCCAAUUUUCUUGGUCUGAGUGCGUUAGAUGCAAACAAGCCAAUCAUUGGUUCCUCGGGUGCAAUUCCCCUCUUAUUGAAAGUUCUAAAAGAUUUGGAUAAAACAAACAGUCCUCAAGCUAUUCAGGACUCGCUUCGAGCCCUAUACAAUCUUUCAAUCUCAUCAAUCAACAUCUUCCAAAUCAUAGAGACUGAUCUAGUGCCAUUUAUCAUUUCCAUGUUGGGAGAUAUGGAAGUAAGUGAUAGGAUACUCUCAAUUCUUAGCAAUAUAGUUCCAAUAGCAGAAGGUCGGAAGGCAAUUAGUGUAGUUCCUGAUGUGUUUCCCAUAUUGGUUGAUGUCUUGAACUGGACUGAUUCCCCAGGUUGCCAAGAGAAGGCAUCAUACAUUUUGAUGGUAAUGGCACAUAAGUCAUAUGCAGAUCGACAGGCCAUGCUUGAGACAGGAAUUGUUUCCUCCUUGCUUGAAUUAACACUUCUAGGCAGUACAUUGGCACAAAAAAGGGCUUCGAGACUAUUGGAGUGCUUGAGGGUCGACAAAGGAAAGAACGUGUCACAAAACUUGGGUGAUGUGAAUGCAACGUUAUCUGCGCCACAACCAUCCACAUAUUUAAGUCAUCAACUAAAGAAUGCGUUGGGAGACGAAAACAGUAUGAUCAGUGAAGAGAAAAAAGCCGUCAAUCAAUUAGUUCAACAGAGCUUGCAGAAUAACAUGAAGAAAAUAGUGAAGAGGGCUAAUCUGCCUCCAGAUUUUGUUCCCUCGGAUAAUUUGAAGUCGCUCACAUCGAGUUCAACGUCGAAGAGCUUGCCAUUUUGAAAGAACAUGAGACCCUUGUGGAGGAGGGAGUUGUUCCCUGCUAUAGUGGAAAGAGUUAUCUUUUGUAUUGGCUGCUCUCAAAGGUUUGUGCAAACUAUGCCUGACUAAAGAUAUGGUAAACUUCUAAGUAGUUAGUUGAAUUUCUCCUAGUUUUAUUGUGUGCUUGAUUUUGGCCGCAUAUAGCAUGAUGGAAAGUUUGGAAACUAGUGCCUUUUCUCUUGAACCUAGGGAGAAAUGAAAAAUGCUAAAUGUA